GACACUGUUCUCGUCAGCUUCGUAGUGGACCGUACCAUCUUAAUUUCGAAGUCUGAAGACGUAACAGUAGGAGAAUAUUACAGAACACCGGAACUGCGCACUAUACGUUAUACACCAAAGCAGCCCUGUUUCUGGAUUUAGGGCCAUGGCUACCGGUAGCAGUGUAGCCCAGAAGACCUGGGAGAUGACUAACAACAUGCAGGAGGUGCAGAGUAUCGAUGAAAUUUACAAGUACGACAAGAAACAGCAGCAGGAGAUUCUGGCAGCCAAACCCUGGACAAAAGAUCAUCAUUACUUCAAGUACUGUAAGGUGUCUGCCCUAGCGCUACUGAAGAUGGUUAUGCAUGCUCGAUCUGGAGGAAACCUGGAAGUGAUGGGCCUUAUGCUUGGGAAGGUGGAUGGGGAAACCAUGAUCAUUAUGGACAGUUUUGCUUUACCGGUUGAAGGAACAGAAACCCGUGUUAACGCUCAAGCAGCUGCCUAUGAGUACAUGGCUGCAUAUAUAGAGAAUGCAAAACAGGUUGGUCGUCUUGAAAAUGCUAUUGGCUGGUAUCAUAGUCACCCUGGGUAUGGCUGCUGGCUUUCUGGGAUAGAUGUCAGUACUCAGAUGCUUAAUCAGCAAUUUCAAGAACCUUUUGUUGCUGUUGUUAUCGAUCCAACCAGGACAAUAUCUGCAGGCAAAGUUAAUCUUGGGGCUUUCAGAACAUAUCCAAAGGGCUAUAAACCUCCAGAUGAAGGUCCCUCUGAGUACCAGACUAUUCCACUGAACAAAAUAGAGGAUUUUGGUGUACACUGUAAGCAGUAUUAUGCCUUGGAAGUUGCAUAUUUCAAGUCUUCCCUGGACCGAAAGCUUCUCGAGUUGUUAUGGAAUAAGUAUUGGGUGAAUACUUUGAGUUCUUCCAGCUUGCUAACUAAUGCAGACUACACAACUGGACAAGUGUUUGACUUAUCUGAAAAACUAGAGCAAUCGGAAGCUCAACUCGGCCGUGGAAGUUUUAUGUUAGGAUUAGAGACCCAUGACAGAAAAUCUGAAGACAAACUCGCCAAAGCAACAAGAGACAGCUGCAAGACCACAAUUGAGGCCAUCCAUGGAUUAAUGUCUCAAGUGAUAAAAGAUAAGCUGUUUAACCAAAUAAAUGCAUCAUAGUUCAACUUUAUGCAGAUAACUUGUUGUUUGGCUUGUCAUGAACUAUCUUCCCUUACAUUGCUUCUUUUAUGCAGAAGCCAGAAAACGUCAUCAAAGGUAGCACUUAUUUAUCUUACAAUAUGGAAAGCAUAGGAAAGACUCCUAUUGCAACUUAGUAAUGGUUCAACCUUGUCAACAUGUUUGCUUUCUGGUGUAAUAAAGUAAAGUUUUCAAACCUA